GAAAGCAUUUAGAUGAGAUGUGAAACAUCUCCUAGAAUCAGCAGGGUUGACAAUAAUGCUUACCAUUGUUUUAUGACCCUCUGCACUCUGUAAGAAACGUAUAUAGAAGAUAAGAAAUGCACGUGAGACUCAGAGCUUGCUGUUGCUCAACUGCUCUGUUCUAUAUAACAGGCUGCGCCCCCGUACUCACUCCUCUCUACACCGGUGUCCUGGCUCACAUAAGAAGGAACAAUAAAAGUGGAGCACCAUGGCAAAACACAACUAUGGGCGCCUUGCUACCAUUAUGGUGUCUGUUGUCGGCUUUGCAAUAAGUCUGGUAUUUAACGGGCUGUCUGUGGUUGGAAUUGGUCCCUAUCAAACCACUACAGCCAAUGUGUCUGCUGUGUUUGACACGCAGCUCACACCCUCAGGCUGGACCUUCAACAUCUGGAGUGUCAUCUACACCUGGCUGAUAGCGAUGAUAAUCUACAUUGUCACGGGUCUUUGCAGAAAGAAUGGACAUGGAUACGUUUACUGCAGCCCAGCAGUGCUACCCUACGGCUUCUUUGUUAGCUGGUGUAUUAAUCUGUGUUUCAAUAUUGGUUGGCUUCUUGCCUGGGACAGAGGAAUGAUGAUUGCUGCACUGGUUCUGCUCAUCCUGGUCAUUGGCACAAACUACUCCAUGACAUUCUUCAUCUGCCAUGGACUUCACAUUUAUGGCGCUUGGCUCAAAAAAUACCACAGAGUUGAACUGUGGCUUCUUCGGGUGCUGGUUCAGAAUGGGGUGAUGAUAUACGCAACCUGGACAACCAUAGCAACGCUCAUCAACCUGACCAUUGUGCUGACAUAUGAUGCUAAGAUGUCCCCAACAGAUGCUGCCACCCUCUCGUAUUCUCUGUUGACUGUGGUGUUGCUAGUAUGGUUUGUUUUGGAAAACUCCAUCCUUGAUAAACAUGUACGGUACAUCUGCAUCAACUACCCUGUUGUUCUCUGGGCCCUGACCGGAAACUUGGACAAAAAUUAUGACUCUAACUCACCCAGUCGCAAUGGCAUCUUCAUUGUUGCGCUGCUGGCUUUAACAUCUGUGCUGUUUGUCAUGCGGAUUAUUUUGGUGGUUUGGAAACACAUCAAACAGCCACUUUAUGAAGACAUCAGUCCUGAAGCUUUGGAAGCAAUGGAGACAGCUGAAAAGCAGAAAAAAAUAUUCCGUUAAGUAUUUUUAGAUUUUAGCUCAGAGGUCAUCUUUUGAUGCGUAAUUUGUUUGAUCUCCAGUAUGAUACUAAAGCCUACGGCGGCCCUCAGCAUGUUUCUGACUUUUGAACUGCUUUGAUGAAAAGUGCCUGUUAACUGAAUGUGAUGCAAUUGCUUGUUUGAACUUAAGAUACAAUUGUUGGUCAGUGGUCUGUCAUAUGGAAAACUUUUUAAAAACUGUUAUUUUUUGUUAGCAAAUUUAAAUACACAAUAGGUUAAUUUGGCUUUCAUUGAUAGUGUUUUUUUUAAUUUUUUUAUCUUUGACUGACUAAUCUGUGAACUUGUAUGGCUUCUUUCCCCAACAUCAUAAUAUCUCAGCUUAGAUAUGUUUUUCAAGGCAGAUAUUUAAGUAUAGCAAACAAUAAUUGGAUCAAUAUUUUGUAUGCAACUUCUAUCUUCUUUAUUUCCUUUUUAUUGUUUGAUUUCUUCUUAAAAAUGUGAAGUUAACAUUAUGAUGGCAUUAUUAAUCCAUGACAGGAGAAUAGUUUAGAACAUUUAACUGGAAGAUAUUGCUAUGAUAUUGCCUCCUUUUAGUUAUUUAUAUUAAGAAAACUGUAAUUCUUUAUAUAUAUUUUUGAAAUGGUAUGAUUAAAUGUGUAAAUGAUUUAUACUAAAAUUUAAAUUAAUUUGCAUCAAUUUAGUGACAUUUCCAUGACAUAAAUGUGAAUAUUAGAUUGCAUAAGUUUCAUGAUUCUUCUUUUAUUCAUUUUUUUCAUGUUACAGUUAAUGUUGCGCGUGGAAAUGCUAUUAAGAGAAGAUUUCUAGCUCAGAGUUUGGAAACAAUUCAGAGAAAACAACCUAUUGUGUGGAUUAAAGAUUCUAACUCACACAUUUUUAUCUGAAAUUACUCUGCAAAAUCAUCUAAAAUUAUACUGUAAUACACACAUGAACAAGGCAUACAAACGUGACUAAAAAUACACCCAC